UUCCAUGUGGAAGUGAAAGUAUUCAGAGUUCAGACUCCAUUUUGACAGAUGAACAGAAGACGUCUGGUUCAGGACUGACUGAAGUUCACAGUAUGAGUCUGAGUGUGGAUGAAGUGGAGGACGGAGCAGAAUUAUCCCAUUAUACAAACAGGGGUUUGUCCAUAAAGGAACCUCCAGGGGGCAGUAAUGAACCAGGACCCUCUGAUCCACAAGGUCAGUAUAACAGACCCAGAGCAGAGUCUCCAGUGUCCACAUGUCUGUCCAUGAACAGUGACUGGUCCAAGGACAGUCCUCCAUACUUUAGUCCUGAACCUGGACCUUCAGACACAGAACGUCAGUAUAACAGACCCAGAGCAGAGUCUCCAGUGUCCACAUGUCUGUCCAUGAAGACUGACUGGUCCAAGGACAGUCCUCCAUACUUUAGUCCUGAACCUGGACCUUCAGACACAGAAGAGACGGAGAGGACUCAUGUUCCUGAGGUGGAGCCACCGUCCUGUUCUUUGUGUCAGAAGGUCCAGAGUGAUCCAGCCCGGACCAGCUGUGGACACUGGUUGUGCAGACAGUGCAUCACUUCUAACUGGGACCAGUCUGGUUCAUCAGGAGACUCCUCCUGUCCCCAGUGUGAAGAAGCAUCCAGAACAAGAGCUGAGCUGCAGAUCCACAGCUCUGUCCAAAUUGAACAUAAACUCAGUCUGAGGAGCAGAUGUGAAUGUGUGACUGAAGGAACUGAGGAAACAGGAAGUAGAACCCGUCUAAACCGGAUCUACACUGAGCUCUACAUCACAGAGGGACAGAGUGAAGACGUUCAUACCCAACAUGAGGUGAGGACGCUGGAGACAGUUUCCAAGAAGAUCAUCCAAGAAAGUCCAAUCAGGUGUCAGGACAUCUUCAAAGCCUUACCCGAGCAGCAGAAACCCAUCAGAGUGGUUCUGACCAACGGCGUGGCUGGAGUUGGAAAAACCUUCUCGGUGCUGAAGUUCACUCUGGACUGGGCAGAGGGUUUAGAAAACCAGGACGUCAGUCUGGUGGUUCUGCUGUCCUUCAGAGAGCUGAACCUGGUCACAGAUGAGCAGUACAGUCUGCUGACGCUGCUCCAUGUUUUCCAUCCAACAUUACAGAAGGUCACAGCAGAGCAGAUCACUGUCUGCAAACUUCUGUUCAUCUUUGACGGCCUGGAUGAAAGCAGACUGUCACUGGAUUUCCACAACUGUGAGGUUGUUUCAGACGUCACUCAGAAGUCAUCAGUCAACGUAGUGUUGACCAGCCUCAUCAAGGGGAACUUGCUUCCAUCAGCUCUCAUCUGGAUAACAUCUAGACCUGCAGCAGCCAAUCAGAUCCCUCCUUCAUGUGUCGACAGGGUAACAGAGGUCCGAGGCUUCACCACUGAUGAGCAGAAGGAGGAGUACUUCAAGAAGAGAUCCACUGAUGAAGAUCUGUCCAACAAAAUGAUCUCACACAUCAAGACAUCCAGGAGCCUCCACAUCAUGUGUCAAAUCCCAGUCUUCUGCUGGAUCAGUUCUACAGUUCUGGAGCACAUGUUGACUUCAGACCAGAGAGAAGAGCUGCCCAAGACCCUGACAGACCUGUACUCACACUUCAUCAUGGUCCAGACAAAGAGGAAGAAGAACAAGUAUGAAAAAGGACAUGAAACAAGUCUAGAAGAGAUGACAAAGGCAGAUAUGGAAGUUCUUCUGAAGUUGGGGAGGCUGGCGUUUGAGCAACUGGAGAAAAGAAACAUGAUGUUCUACCAAGAAGACCUGGAUCAGUGUGGUCUGGACGUCACAGAGGCCUUGGUGUACUCAGGAGUUUGUACAGAGAUCUUCAAAAGAGAGACUGUGAUCUUCCAGAAAACAGUCUACAGCUUUGUUCAUCUGAGUGUUCAGGAGUUUCUGGCUGCAGUCUACAUCUACCACUGUUACACCAACAACAACACAGAGGUUCUGAAGAGGUUUUUGGGAGACCAGGACAGGGACUCAGAAUCACUUUCCAUGAAAAUGUUCAGGUAUUUCACAGUCAAUGACAGCCUGGAUGUUUUCCUCAGAAAAACCGUGGAAAAAUCCCUCAAGAGUGAGAAUGGACACCUGGAUCUGUUUGUUCGUUUCCUUCAUGGCCUCUGUCUGGAGUCAAACCACAGACUUUUAGGAGGUCUGCUGGGUCGAAAAGAGAACAGACCAAAGCUCAUCCAUAAAGUCAUCAAGAACCUGAAGGAGAUGAACACUGAGGACAUCUGUCCUGACAGAAGCAUCAACAUCUUCUACUGUCUGACAGAGAUGAAGGACCAAACAGUCCAUCAGGAGAUCCAUGAGUUCCUGAAGUCAGAGAACAGAUCACAGAAGGAACUGUCUGAGAUCCAGUGUUCAGCUCUGGCCUACAUGUUGCAGAUGUCAGUGGAGGUUCUAGAUGAGCUGGACCUGAAGAAGUACAACACAUCAGAUGAAGGAAGACGCAGACUGAUCCCAGCUGUGAGGAACUACAGAAAGGCUGAACUUUCUAACUGUGGACUCUCAGACACUCACUGUGAAGUUGUGGCCUCAGCUCUGAAGUCUAAUCCUUCACAUCUGAGAUUGUUGGAUCUGAGUGAAAACAACCUACAGGAUUCAGGAGUGAAACUGGCAUCUGGACUGGAGAGUCCAAACUGCAGACUGGAAACUCUGUGGAUGAGGAGAUGCAGUUUGUCAGAGAUCAGCUGUUCUUCUCUGGCCUCAGCGCUGAAGUCCAAUCCUUCACAUCUGAUAAAACUGAGUCUGGGUGGAAACGAGCUGAAGGAUUCAUCACUGAAGGAGCUGUGUGGUUUCCUGCAGAGUCCAGAUUGUAAACUACAGAGUCUAUGGCUGUGGGACUGCAGUUUGUCAAAAAUCAGCUGUUCUUAUCUGGCGGCAGCUCUGAAGUCCAAUCCCUCACAUCUGAUAGAACUCAACUUAAGUCUGAACAACCUGAUGUAUUCAGAUGUUAAAGAACUGGAGGACCUUGUUCGGAGUCCACACUGUAAACUGAAGAAACUGAUAUGGAAGUGAUCUCUGUUAUUGGUCACUGUGAUCAGGACUGUGUGAGGACCGGCUGAGUCCAGAUGAUCGACAGAUGUUAAAGCAGCAGCACAUCCUCAUUUCAUUCUCCUCUCAGUUCUCAAAUUGUAGCUCCUCAUAGGCCAUAAGGUGAACCAUGAAAAGUGGCUAGAAAAUGAUUUUCGUUCCCGUGUCUGGGCACUACUUUUUAAAUGCAUUUUUGUUUAGACUGUACCCUCAUGGACUUUGGGUUAAAAGUUCUCCGCAAUAUAUCAUGCAGUUUUUUUGUCACAAGCCAUAAAUCUAUAUGAAUAUUAAAUUAAAAAACGAAAAUUCUGUGAUGCUAGAUUCACUUGUUUUAUUUAUCAACAUUCAU